AUGCUUUUCAUAAUUCCCCUCAUAAACGCGUGUGAGCGAAGUUCUCCGGCUUAUAAAGAGAGUUCAGUGUAAGGAAAGUGAUCAUUUUACCUUGAAUUUCGCUCGUAUUUCAGUCACGACAGCAUUGCCAACUGCAAAGAACAAGAAGAGUAAGUUAUAUCGGAACGUCUCUAGGUUAUUUCACCCUAACUUUUCCAGUCCAUUCCAAUGCGUGGCCGACCUAAAUGUGCGCCCAGCCAACUUGCUGAUGAACUUUGGGCAUGCUGUCGGGUUCCUGGACAAGUACGGCCACUCGAAUGACAUCAGUCACGAAGCGCGGGCCUUGUACGACAACUGCACGAAAAGCCUGAUCCAUCAGAUGCCGCAUCAUUUUAGAGUGAAGGUAAUGAACGCUCAUUUCAUGGUCUCUUUAUUGUGUCAGGAUUUUGGCCAUAUCUUGGUGAACGUUUUGUAAAAACAAUAUUUUUUGUUGAAAUGUAGCCCUCUUGGCCAGUGAUAAAAGCUGAAAUUUUUGGUGCCAAAACUUCCAAAAAAGCGUUGCGGCAGAACUCUCCCCCUUUUCUGAACUCUCCCCCUUUUUGAACACACCCCUUGAAUGAACCCUCCCCCUUUUUUGAACACCCCCCCUCAUUUUGAAAUUUGAAAAAAUGAGGUGUGAUAUGUUAUACGAUGAAAGUUUUUUUUUUCAAAUUGAGAAAAAUGAGGUGUGACAUUUUAUACGAUGGAUUUUUUUUUCAAAUUGAAAAAAUGAGGUGUGACAUGUUAUACGAUGCAAGUUUUUUUUUCAAAUUGAAAAAACUAGGUGUGGCAUGUUAUACGAUGAAAAUUUUUUUCAAAUUGAGAAAAAUUGGGUGUGACAUUUUAAUUUGAAAAAAUUGCAUCGUAUAAGAUGUCACACCUUAUUCUUUUCAAUUUCAAAAAAAAAUUUUCAUCGCAUAACAUGUCACAUCUCAUUUUUCUCAUUUUUUUUCUUUGCACUGUGCAAUUUGUUGUUUUUUUUGCACCGUGCAAUAGGCUUUUUUUGGGCUGUCGCAACAUACCGCUAUUUGUACAAUGCACACUCCAGAAAUCACUCCAGCAACUUUACAAACUAACUAUUAUUUUUAAAAAAUUUCAUCUAAAUUUUUGCCAAGUUCCAACCAAUUUUCCUCCGAAAUCUCCCUUAUUCUCUAAUUCUUUAUAAAAUUUCAGCUGCUAAAAAUUCUGAACGUGAAGACGUACGAGAAACAGUGCUGGAGCAAGGAUGAGAUUUGCGAAAUGAACCGCAAAUUUCUAUUUCCGUUUGUUUGUCUGGCUCGAAGAAAGUGUAGCGAGUACUUGACGGACUCCUUUUAUACGCUAACCUAUGCCCAUCAGAUGUUGCAUUUGGAGACGAAUGAUGCGUUAAAGUACGUGCAGACAUAAAUUUAAUUUUUAAAUGUUUUUUUCUUGUUGUGCAUAGGUCACGUAGCAAUCCUGGAAAAUUUUAUUGGGUCACGCUCGGCAGGAGACAUGUUAUACGACGGAACAUGUUUCAGCGUAUAAAAUGUCGUCGCAUAGAACUUUGAAACAAAGCAGAAUUAAGGCUUAGCGGGCCGUAUAGCAGCUCCUGAAAAUCUUCGGUCAAUCUCUACGGGUGACAUGUUAUACGAUGAAACAUGUUUCAGCGUAUAAAAUGUCUCCGCAUAACAUUUUGAAGCACAACAAAAAUAAGUCGUAGUAGAUUAUAUUUCAAUUGCUGAAAAUUUUAAGUCACACUAUUCAGGGGCAUUUUAUACGCUUAAACAUGUUUCAUCGUAUGAAAUGUCCCCGGCUUGGCUUCACCAAAAUUUUCAGUAAUUGAUACACGUCAUCUUUUCACUUGCUGCAACGACUUUUCAGCUGCUCCGAAACCGAUGAGACAGACGUUCCCGAGGCGUUGUUCGAAAUGGCGGCCACCUUCCCAGCCCACGGCAUUUUGAAUCAUCAUUUUUGUCAGCACAUUUCAACCCCACCGAGACUGACCUUAAAAGAGUCUUUUACAAACAACCUUGUCAUUUCAGUUGAGGUCGAUUUUCAUUGGCCAUAA